UGCAAACACACACAACAGCGAAGCUAAAUUGGUACCUGGCAGGAGAAAAAGAAAUCACAGAGGCAGCAAGAGGCUAACGAUGGCUGACUCAAAGCCUCUCUUGGUGCUGGAGAACUUUAUAGCUGGCAAAUUCGUUCCUUGUUCCUCCUACAUAGACUCCUAUAAUCCGGCCACCGGAGAUGUCUAUUGCAGGGUGCCAGACAGUGGCAAAGAGGAGGUAGAAGCUGCUGUCAAAGCUGCCAAAGCUGCCUUCCCCGUUUGGUCCUCAAAAAGUCCACUGGAAAGGUCUCAGAUCCUGAACAAAUUGGCAGACCUGAUUGAACAUGACCUGGAAGCAUUUGCACAAGCAGAGUCAAAGGAUCAGGGCAAAACGAUUACCUUUGCCAGAGCAGUGGACAUCCCCCGGGCCGUGUACAACUUCCGAUUCUUUGCCUCUUCCAUCCUUCACCACACGACGGAGUGCACCGAGAUGGAAACCAUGGGCUGUGUGCACUACACCUCGCGGGCACCCGUGGGAGUCGCUGGUUUAAUCAGCCCUUGGAAUUUGCCGCUGUACUUGUUGACCUGGAAAAUAGCUCCUGCCAUUGCCUGUGGAAACACUGUGGUUGCCAAGCCAAGUGAGAUGACGUCAGUCACAGCUUGGAUGAUGUGCAAACUCUUGGAGAAGGCAGGGGUGCCCCACGGGGUGGUGAACGUGGUGUUUGGGACGGGCGCCAAGGCGGGAGAAGCCCUCGUCUGCCACCCCGACGUGCCUCUCAUCUCCUUCACGGGCAGCACGCUGACGGCCCAGCGCAUCACGGAGAGGAGCGCCCCGCACUGCAAACGCCUCUCGCUGGAACUGGGGGGCAAAAACCCCGCCAUCGUCUUUGACGAUGCCGACUUGAGCCAAUGCAUCCCCACCACCCUGAGGUCCAGCUUUGCCAACCAGGGUGAGAUCUGUCUCUGCACCUCCAGGAUCUUUGUUCAGAGGGGCAUAUACAGCGAGUUUUUGAAGAGGUUUGUGGCAGAGGCGAAGAAGUGGAAGGUUGGGAACCCCUCAGAUCCUACAGUCGACGUGGGAGCCCUCAUCAGUAAAGAGCAUCUAGAAAAGGUAAGGAGCUAUGUGAAGAAAGCCCAAGCUGAAGGAGCCAGAGUCCUCUGUGGAGAGGGAGUGGAUUCAUUGACUCUCCCAACUGGCAACCAGAAAGGCUAUUUCAUGUUGCCCACAGUUAUUACCGAAGUCAAGGAUGAAUCUUGCUGCAUGCAAGAAGAGAUCUUUGGUCCUGUGACAUGUGUGGUAGCAUUUGAUACAGAAGAAGAAGUGAUUGAAAGAGCCAACAGUGUGAAAUAUGGUUUGGCAGCCACUGUGUGGUCCAGCAAUGUGGGACGCGUUCACCGGGUGGCACGAAGACUACAGUCUGGAUUGGUGUGGACCAACUGCUGGCUCAUUAGAGAUCUGAACUUGCCAUUUGGUGGGAUGAAAGCCUCAGGCAUAGGAAGGGAGGGAGCGAAGGAUUCGUAUGAGUUCUUCACUGAGGUCAAAACCAUCACAAUAAAGCACUGACAUAUGUCAAUGGAAGUAUUUUAGGGUAAAAUAAAUGACAGUAAUUUGUGUUACCAUAAAUGGCUUUCUGGAACACAGACUCUGCUUGUGGCCAUGUUUUCCUUGAACUUUGGUCAUGUAAUACAGUCAUGACAGCUGAAAAUAGUCACCCCAAAUGCUAAUGUUGGAUGCAGCCUUUCAUGUUAAAUGAGAUCAGCGUGGACUCCACAAUCAACCCAUCCCAAGACAGAUGACUUGCUGAUCCCAUGGACCCUAAAGCUUUUUGAGUGUUCCUGUCUCAAAAAUCUUUCCCUCUGAGGCAGUUUGGAGAAGGGGUGAUAUAUAACUGUGUCUGUGAUUUACCUUAAGGGACAACAUGGUAAGCACAUUGUGAGGCUGAUAUUGUAAUGGGAAUCAGCCCAUUUCCACUAUAAGCAGUAUGGUCCACCUACCAAUCCAUAUUGAACUUCACUGGUGUGGGACGAGGACUAAUGCUACAGCACACUAAAUCCCUGAGGCAGUACCUUUAAUCUAUUAAGUGGCAUUAAACCACGGGGUCCUGAAAUUUUCAUGAUAUAAAGAGAUAAUAAACGUUUUACUUAUAACCAG